AUGACAUGCUCAUCUUCAUCAACACCCACAGCGCCGGCACUCUCCAUUCUCAACUCACAGCCCCAGCGACUCUCAGGUCCGGCUCUCCUCCACAGACUUGUCAGGGACAACUCGCCCCAUGAUGUCCCUGCCAUCGACUACAAAGGCUCAGGCGGGCCCCACAGGUCCGUCUCUUACGCAGAGCUUCACCGCCGGGCAGAGGGGCUGGCGAAGAGGAUAUUGGUGGCCUCGUCCGGAGACGACCAAGAGCAGGGACAACUCAUCGUCCCGCUCCUCCUUCCUCAGUGCCCAGAGCUUUACAUCUCGCAGCUUGCUGUCCUGAAGGCCGGAGGAGCCUUCUGUCCGCUGAACCUCGACGCCCCGCCAGAACGAGUGCGAUUUAUAUUCCGUGAUGUAGCGGCCAGAGUUGUUAUUACAUCCAAAGCCCUCCGCUCCAAGGUUGACGCCCUAGAAUCUGCCGUGGCGGUUGUGGUGGUAGAUGAAGAUGGCGUCCAGGACGAUCAAGACGUGGACGGCCAUAUCUCGCAAGACAUCAGGCCGGAUAGUGUCGCAUAUGUCAUGUAUACCUCUGGUUCAACAGGAACACCCAAAGGAGUGGCAAUUUCUCAUGAUGCUGCGACACAGGCCCUGCUCGCCCACGACCGUCACAUUCCUCAAUUUGUACGGUUCCUUCAAUUUGCCGCCCCUACCUUCGACGUCUCCGUCUUCGAAAUAUUCUUUCCCCUGCUGCGAGGUGCCACCCUCGUGAGCUGCAACAGAGCAGAUAUGCUCAACGACCUCCCUGCUGUGCUGAGAGACAUGAAGGUUGAUGCUUGUGAAUUAACACCAACUGUGGCUGGCAGCCUACUCAGAUGCCGAGAUAAUGCUCCAGGCCUUCGCUUGCUUUUGACGAUAGGCGAAAUGUUGACAGAACCUGUUGUCAGAGAAUUCGGAGGGGAUAUCGGCAGGUCCAGCAUCUUAUGGGCCAUGUACGGUCCAACAGAAGCGACUAUUCACUGCAGUCUUCAGCCGUCAUGCAAGUCGUCCUCCUCACCAAACAAUAUCGGCUUUCCCUUAGACACUGUAUCUACCUUGAUCCUGGAACCUCUGAAAGACGAUGGCUCUGGUGAUUUCAAGGUGCUGGCGAUGGGUGAGAUGGGAGAGUUGGCGGUGGGCGGCCACCAGACAGCACUUGGCUACAUCAACCGGCCGGAACAGACCUCAAAAGUCUUCAUCGAAACCCCUUAUGGCCGCUUAUACAGGACAGGAGAUAAGGCGCGCUUCAAGGAGGACGGUACUAUUGAGUGCUUUGGGCGGAUUUCUGACGGUCAGGUCAAGCUCCGUGGGCAGAGGAUCGAACUUGGCGAGAUAGAACAGGCGGUUCUCCGAGCACCAGGGUGUCAUGGGGCGGUGGCAUCUGUGAUCCACGGCAUCAUAGUCGUCUUCUGUGAGACGGAUCAACAAAACGACAAAAUCAGUGGUCAGAUCUUCCAGCUAUGCUCAGAAUGGCUCCCUGCGUUCAUGAUUCCUGGAGAUGUCACUCUCAUGAAGGCUUUCCCGAGACUCCCCUCGGGCAAGGUCGAUCGGAGCAAGCUGAAGUCAGGAUACGAGGAGUCCAAGAGUGACGAUGGUGACUACUCUCCCGGCGAGUUUCAGGAUGAUGUCGAGCGUCAACUGGCACAAGUUGCUCAGGAUGUGCUAGGAAUUCGGCUCAGGUCCACCUCCACGCUAUCUGCAGCUGGUAUUGACUCUCUUGCGGCGAUCAGGCUGGCAUCUCGCCUUCGUUCGGCUGGCUUUCCCGUCACCGCCAUCGAUGUCCUCAGUUCCAAGACUCUCUCACACCUGCAGUCAGUGGUUCGCCGACAACAACACCAACAAGCAAUUGCCCCUGCCGCGACGAUGGAGAGCAGAGACGAGGCUUUAGAUCUAGAUCUGAUUUCUAGAGUUACCUCCAGCCUGGGGAUAAACAUUGACGCUAUCGAGGCCGUUGAGCCAUGCGCGCCCGUGCAAGUUUCCAUGCUUGUCGAGACGCUGAGCAACUCGAAAGCAUACUGCAAUUGGAUCGAGUUGCAGAUACCUGCCACACAUACUUCCGAUACGAUAGUAUCAUGGUUCCAAGAUCUAGCACGGUGCAACGAAGCAUUACGGACAGGAUUUGUUGUGCUUGACGGCAAUUUCAGACAAGUCAUCUGGAAAGACCUGGAUUCGAGUUUGAUAAGAACGGUGGAGAGCCUUGCCGCCCAGUAUCAAUUGGCUGAACCAGACCUCCUCAAACCUUUCUCCGUCCAGAUUCUAGCAGACAAGUCAUCUAAGCAUACCAGCGUCCUGAUGCAGAUUCACCAUGCCAUUUACGAUGGCUGGUCGCUUGACAUUCUCCUCUCCGACCUGAACCUCCUGGCGCGAGGUGACCAGCUUCCUCAGCGACCCUCCUUCCGACCUGUCUCAACUUACUACAACUCAACUGACUUCUCGCGUCAUGCUGACGCUGCACGAAGCUACUGGGCGGAGCACCUGUUGGGGUAUCAGCCCAGCUCAAUGCCUCAGCUAUUGGCUCGAAAAGUCAAGGGACGGCCGAUUUCCUUGGCUCAACGCACACUAAGUGUUGGGAUCUCAGAAAUUCUGGACGUGUCAUCUCUUCUUGACGUCAGCCCUCAGGUCCUCUUCCAGGCAUGUCUGCUGUGGCUCUGGGCCAGGCUCCUCGGAAAAGAUGAUGUAGUAAUCGGCAACGUCACCUCAGGCCGGACCAUUCCGGUCGAAGGCAUCGAGAAUAUCGUGGGUCCAUGUCUGACAUCUAUACCUUUGAGAGCCAAGAUUGGACAGGCCUAUACGAUCAAGGAACUGCUUCAAGGCAUUCAUGCCACGAACAGGGAGAGCCUUGCCCAUUCCAGCUUGCCACCCGUGGAAAUCAAGAAGGCCAUUGGCAUCGCCUCAGGCCAGCCUCUGUAUGAUACCCUCUUUGUCUACCAAGAAUCGAUCCCGAGUCGGUCAUCACGGGCUCAAGCUCCCGAGGUGCGGCAAAUUGCUCAUGAGGACUACCUCGAGACCAAACUUCUUGUAGAGAUCGAGCCGACGUUGCAAGGAUUCGAGCUACGGUUGACCUACCACGCAGAUGUGUUUCACCAUGACCACAUUCAGUUAUUGUUGAGACAGUUUGAGUGCACUCUUGCAUACAUUGUGAGGAACACGGCUCUGUGUAUCGACACUAUCUCAGCAUGUUUUCCUAAUGAUCUUCUGUCGACCUUCAAUCCAACCCCCAAGACGCUGGAUGGAUGCUCCGACAUAGCAGGUCUUUUUGAGAGGGCAGUGUCCCAGCAACCAGACAAGGAAGCAAUCUGUUUCGCCCAGUCGAUCAGUGACGAUACGGCUGACCUGAGGACGAUCUCAUACAUCGAGCUGAAUAGUCUGGUGAAUAGGAUUGCCCGGCACCUCAAGGCCUCGGGCACCGUGGAAGGCCAAGCCGUAGCAAUCGUCAUGGAGAAGUCAAUUAUGCUAUAUGCCGGGAUUUUAGCUAUCCUGAAAGCAGGCUGCGCAUACCUGCCACUCCUCCCAAGUACACCCAAAGCGAGAAUUCACACAAUUUUCAGCCAGGCCUGCAUUCAUCUCUGUAUCUCUGACGAGAUAUCUGGGUCCGACUUACCAGAAUUAGACGACUGCCAAUUCAUCAACCUUCGCGACUCGGAGCUCCAGGAAUACGGCGACGAGAAUCUCGGGACCAAGGUGGAUGCAACCCGGGUAGCCAACAUCAUAUACACCUCGGGCAGCACCGGUGUGCCAAAAGGAGUCUGCGUCACACAGCUCAACAUCUGCAGCAACCUUGAUGUCCUCUCUCGGAUCUAUCCUAUCAAACCCAACUCUCGUAUGCUGCAGAUAUGUUCUCAGGCAUUCGACGUCUCCGUCUUCGAGAUUCUAUUCGCUCUCACCCGGGGAAUGUGUCUUUGCGCCGGCACCAAUGACACAUUGUUCGCGGAUCUAGAAAGGUCGAUCAAUUUCAUGAACGUAACGCAUCUCAGCAUGACACCGACCGUAGCGUCUCUAGUCAACCCUCUGAAUGUCCCAGCCGUGGAAUUUCUCGUCACCUCCGGCGAGCCCAUGACCGCAGAGGUAGCCAAGAAGUGGGUUGGCAAGCUCUAUCAGGGGUACGGACCCUCGGAGACGACGAAUAUCUGCUCUGUCAAGAAAAUGUCUCUUGAGGAUCACAUCCGCCACCUCGGACACACUUUUGAGAAUACUUCUGCCUUUGUUCUGGGACCGAGCAGUGAGGACAUCGUGCCCAUUGGCUGUGUUGGAGAGCUCUGCUUCGGUGGUGACCAAGUCGUGGCCGGAUAUCUCAAUCUUCCCACCUCUACAAGCCAAAAAUUCAUCUAUCAUUCAAAACUUGGUCGCAUCUACAGAUCUGGUGAUAUCGGCCGAAUGUUGGCCGAUCGCUCGCUGCUGAUUGUUGGACGAAUCGACGACCAAAUCAAAUUGCGUGGGCAACGCAUCGAGUUGGGCGAGAUCAACAACGUUGUGGCGACAUCCAGCGAGGUGUCCAACUGCGUCACGCUCCUCGUCAGCCUGAGCGACGACAGCACGCAGCAUCUAGCCUGCUUCUGCGUCCUGAGAUCCAUCGAGAGCGGCAGUUUCCAACUUCUGGCCCCAGGAGAAAACCUGGAUGAGAGGAGUACGGCUAUCUUCAAUCACGUACGAUCUCGCUUGCCCAGUUACAUGGUGCCUUCAUACCUCAUCCCUAUAUCCAGCAUUCCCAUGACUUCUUCCGGCAAAGUCGACAAAACCAAGUUGCGAACAAUUUUCGGCAACCUCAGCCCCAGAGAGCUCGAGGCGCUCAGCAGCGCCAGUGCUGAUUCCGCGGCAACAGACGGCGAAUGGACUGAGGAAGACUACAAGAUCGCCGCAGUUGUAACCGGCGUCCUGAAAGUCCCUUUACAUGACAUCAGGCGAUGGACACCACUCACUAGUUUGGGAAUGGACUCUAUCUCGGCCAUUGCUGUCGCCAAGGGACUGCAGAAAUCCUUCUCCCGGAGGCUACCGAUCUCAAUCAUCCUGCAGGGUACCUCCGUGGCAAAACUUGCUACCAUACUCCACGAAGGGUGGACAGAGGCUGUUACGGAUGGUCAGAUUCUCGACGUUUUCCAGCCAGGCUUCAUCAAGGACAUCAAGCACAAAUUAAGCCUCCUAGGACAGAAUGUCGAGGCUAUUCUUCCGUGCACACCGCUGCAGGAGGCGAUGCUAGCAUCAUCUUCCAGCGCCGGUUCAUACCUCAACAAGAUGCUUUUCCGUUUGAUCGUCGAUCCAGGCCUCAUUAAGCAGUAUUGGUCUGCCAUGUUCCGAAGACACGGCAUCUUGCGCACAUGCUUCUUUAGUACAAAUGAUCGGGAACAUGUCGUGGCGCAAUGCAUACUUGAAGAGUAUGAGCCAGAAUGGAUGAGUCUUGACGCGUCACGCAAAUCUCUUGACGACGCAAUAUGCAAGCACGUUGAGGCGGUCUCUUCUGCCAUCGACACCUGCAUACCGCCAGUGUCUUUGGCUGUCAUACGGAAAGACGGGAACCAUUAUCUGUCCUUUGUCUGCCACCACGCCAUGUAUGAUGGUGUUGCAAUAUCUCGACUUCUGGAAGAGAUUGAACUUGUUGCCUCUGGUGCUGAGCUUCACCCAACGCCAUCAUACGAGCCAUUAUUGCAGGAGAUGCUUGCUUUACCGAAGGAUACAGAUCAGUUUUGGCUGCAACAUCUGGAAAAUUCGAGAUUGAAACCUCUGCCUCGGGCUUCUGAGACACGAGAGGGUCGCGACCAUCUGGGCCAAUCUCUGGAUAUUCCUCUGUCCAGUAUUGAGGCUAGUCUGAAGGCGUUAAACGCAUCCAUGCUUGUCCUUCUGCAAGCCUCCUGGAGUAGCCUUCUGAGCGUCGUCAUGCAAUCUAACGAUGUCUGUUUCGGCAACGUGGUCAACGGCCGCUCUACCACAGUCGACAGAGUCGAGGAGCUCGUUGCUCCCUGCUUCAACACUAUACCUACGCGCAUCGAUCUCCAAGGGAGACCACGGAACGUUGACGUUCUGAGAUACUUCCAGAAGCUCGGUCCAGAAAUCCUUCGUUAUCAGUUUACACCGCUCCGGCGGAUACAGACCCUCAUCGCUACGAAUGGGGCACGGCUAUUCGAGACCUUGUUGUUGCUGCAACAGCCUCCGCAGCCUUUGGAUGGAGGACUGUGGGUGUUGGAGAGCGAUGAUGGUGAGAUGGAUUUUCCGCUUGUUUGUGAAGUCAUCCCAAACCCUGGCCAAGACAAGUUGAACGUGAAGCUUCAUUUUGAUCGGUCCUACAUUUCCAACGCAUAUGCAUCUUUAAUUCAUGAUACCCUUUCCUACGUAAUAUCCAACUUUCUCGCAUAUCCAUCUUCACGUACCGUUUCCAAGGCUUCUCUCCCUCCUGUUCUCCGUGAACGAUUGGACACGCUCAACCUGCUCCAACCAACCAACACUGCUGAAAACACUACACUUCAAGCCGAAGCAGGUGAAAGCUGGGUUGAAUCAGAGGACAUCAUUCGCUCAGUGCUUUCCAAGAUCUCUAAUGUCGCAAAGAAUAAGAUCACUCGACAUACGACCAUCUUCAGGCUAGGACUCGACAGCAUCAAUGCAGUCCAGGUUGCAGCCAUGCUUCGAAAAGAAGGCUUCCCUUCCAUUACCGCGACAGAUAUUCUAGAGAACCCGACGUGCUCAAAGCUCGCUCUCAAGCUGAGGGCCAAUCCAGCCGACAAUACAAAGUUGCCGAGAUAUGAUCUUGCCGAGUUUCAACAGACGACCAAAACUUUGCUGCACGAUAGUGUCCCAGAUGGGGCCGUCGUGGAAUUAUACCUGCCCUGCACCACUCUUCAGAUGGGCUUGCUGACGGAGUUCGUCAAUUCCAAAGGCAAAGACUACCUCAACUUCGUCAGCUACAGAUUAGAUUCCGGCGUGACGGCCCAAGAAGUUGGUCGUGCCUGGGUGCAAGCCGUCAAAGUCCUCAGGAUCCUCCGUACAGGUUUUGAGCCUGUCGACCACGAGGAUGCAUCAUACGCCAUGCUGCAAUACAAAUACGAGGAAGAUGCUGUUCCUGUUCAAGUUUGGAGUGGUAGCGGUAGCUUUGACUUGAUAGCUUGGCGGAAGGCCGCCGCGCAGGAGAUAUUCGAUGACUUGCGUCGACCUCCUUGGCGGGUGGUGCUCGUUGAUGGCAGCUCAGGUGUCGAGAUGCAUCUUACCAUACACCACGUCCUCUAUGAUGCCCAAUCUCUGCAGGCCAUCUUGUCUGUUCUUGGACAAGCCCUCAACGGAGUGACUCUGCACAGCAAGACCGACCUCGGCUCCGUGGUGCAAGACAUUAUCACGCACACCUGGAACUCCAAAAAGACCGCCCAACCCUUUUGGGAGGUUUAUGCUCCCAAGGCGGUUGUUAACAAAUUUCCGGUAAUGACGCCUCUGAGGGGAGACCAGCGGGAAACAUGGGUCCAGUCAAGGACAGCAUCCAUAUCGUUACCAGCACUGGAGGAGGCUGCAAGGCAUGCCGGCUUCACCAUUCAAGCGAUAGCGGCGGCGGCGUGGUUGAGAAUUCUGUCCUCUUACCUAGGGGAGCCAGCCGUUGUCUUCGGUACCAUUCUCUCUGGCCGAGAUAUGGAAACGACACGAAAUGCAGUCUUUCCUUGCAUCACAACCCUACCAAUCAUCGCACAGAACGCCUCGUCGAAUCGCGAGCUCGUCGAGACAAUGAUGAGCUACAACGCUGGGCUCCAACGGCACCAAUGGACUCCACUUACAGACAUUCAACGAUGGCUGGGCCAUCCAAACACCAAACUCUUUGAUACGCUAUUAGUGUACCAGAGAUUUGAGAAUAGUGGUGAACGAAACAUACCGUGGCAGGUCACCGAUGAGUCGGCCAGUGUCGACUACCCUGCCUCCCUCGAGAUUGAGCCGCAGCAAGACUCCGUCGAACUUCGCCUUACAUUCUUCAGCGACGUUCUGCCACGUGAGCAAGCGGAGAUACUGCUGCAGCAAUUCGAUGCUGUGUUUUGCGAGUUGGCACAGAACCCGGACGGCAAUGAAAAUGACCUUCUCCAAGCGCACAAGGAAGUAUUUUCUGUCCUGCCAGCAGAGGAGCCGGAAUUAAAGUCAGAGAUCGGACUUCUCCAUGAAUUUGUGGAGGCCAGCGCGCAACUACAGCCAGAAAAGACAGCGCUUGAGUUUGUUUCAAGUUUCGAGGACGACCAACCCGUCUCGACAAAGUUCACUUAUCGAGAUCUGAACGAGAACGGUAACAAAGUGGCGAAUAUGCUGGCUCCUCAUGUCUCCGCAGGAGGGAUAGUAGCUGUCUGCUUUGACAAGUGUCCCGAAGCGCACUUCGCAAUGUUGGGUAUCUUGAAAGCUGGGUGCGCACUGCUUGCGCUGGAUCCAGGAGCACCAUCGUCUCGGAAAGAAUUCAUCCUGCAGGACUCAGGCGCUGCUGUGCUUCUGACAGACAAGUCGAGAAGCAUCGACAUAGGCUUCAAUACCUUGGUGCCCAUUGUCGUGAUAGAUAACGCGAACUUGAGAUCAGCAAGCCCUGGCCUUCCUAACCUCACGCGGUCGUUGACGCCACAGGAUCGAAGCUACUGCCUCUACACCUCAGGCACCACAGGAACCCCCAAAGGAUGCGAGAUCACGCACGAGAACGCAGUCCAAGCCAUGCUUGCUUUCCAGAAGCUGUUCGAGGGGCACUGGGACCAGGACUCCAGAUGGCUGCAAUUUGCAUCGUACCACUUCGAUGUUUCCGUGUUGGAGCAGUACUGGACGUGGUCUGUCGGUAUCACUUUAAUUGCUGCGCCACGAGAUGUCAUUCUUGAGGAUCUAGCCGGCAUGAUAUCCCGCCUUGCGAUCACUCACAUCGAUCUUACGCCCAGUCUGGCACGCCUAAUCCAUCCAGACGAAGUGCCCAGCCUCUGCCGAGGCGUCUUUAUCACGGGUGGGGAGCAGUUGAAGCAAGAAAUCCUAGAUGCAUGGGGACCAAAACGCGUCAUUCACAACUUUUACGGACCAACCGAGGCCACCAUCGGCGUGACCUCCUUUCCCUGCGUGCCGGUCAAUGGCAGGUCUUCCAAUAUUGGAAGGCAAUUUGCCAACGUUGGCUCGUAUGUUUUGAGACCCGGUACAGAUAUUCCGGUCCUGAGAGGUGGCGUCGGCGAGCUUUGCGUCUCUGGAAAGCUUGUCGGGAAGGGAUAUUUGAACAGGAACGAUCUCACUGCUGAACGCUUCCCAACUCUGGCUUCUUUUGGCGAGCGUGUCUACCGGACUGGCGAUCUGGUACGCGUUCUUCAUGACCGCUGUUUCGACUUUCUCGGCCGAGCCGAUGACCAGGUCAAGCUCCGUGGCCAGCGCCUUGAAAUCGGGGAGAUCAAUCACUGCAUCAGGUCUGGAGUUUCAGAGAUCACCGAUGUUGUCACUCUGGUGAUCCGCAAUGAGAAACAGCAAAAGGACCUCCUCGUCUCUUUCGUGGUCACAGCUCGCGAUCAAAAGUCGAAGGAACUCAAGAUCAUCACCGGACAGGAGGCAGCUGGCGUAGGUCAAAAUGUCCAGCGAGCGUGCCGCGAGAAGCUCCCUGGGUACAUGAUCCCUACGUACGUCCUGCUGCUGUCCUUCAUACCUCUGUCACCAAACAACAAGGCAGAGGUGAAGGAGCUGCGUGCUCUUUUCGACAAGCUAUCGCCCGAAGAAUUGGUGGCACCCUCUGCCAUCUCGACUACUCGUCUUGAUGAUGAUCUCGGUACAAGAAUUUGCAGCGCACUGAGUAGCAUGUCAGGAGUUGCAAGAGACACCAUCUUAGCCACCACUAAUAUCUUUGAGCUGGGUGUGGAUUCCAUCAACGUCAUGAGACUCGUGCGGGCGCUGAAGCGGGAGGGCAUAAAACAUGUCACUCCGGCGAUCGUCCUGAGGAAUUCGACGAUUGUUGAUCUCGCUCAAGUCUUGCAGUCUAUGCAGCUAUCAGCAGAGUCCCAGAGCGAUGUUCUUGAGGCAAGGCAGGCCAUCGAAGCUUGCCAGCACCGUCAUAGAGGCGCCGUAUGUCGGACCUUGGGUAUCGGCCCUGACCAGAUUGAAUACCUUGCGCCGUGUUCGGCAUUACAACAAGGCAUGAUCUCGCGAUCCAGGACCGAGGGCAAGAAGUGCGCUUACUUCAAUACAUUUCGGUUCGCAUUGGCGGAGGGAGUUUCGUUGUCGAAGAUUCGAGCAGCCUGGGAGCAACUUAUCCGCAACAACGCGGUGCUGCGUACACGGUUCGUGUCCUCGACAGAAGGCUUCGUGCAGGUGGCAAUGAAGGAGACACAAACGCCGUGGACCGAACUUGAACUGCAGGAGGGCGAAGACCUAGAAGCUCUACUAGAUGGUCGUCAGAUGUCUUGGGCUAAGAGCAACGGUCAGGAUAUCGAAUCGCCGUUGGAGUUCCUGGUCAUCCGUCACGGCGAGGCACGGAUGCUAGUCCUCCACAUCUUCCACGCAAUUUACGACGCAAACAGUCUCGACGUCAUGCUCCAUGAGGUAGCUCGACUGUACAGAGACCAAGAGGCCCCAGCCCAGGCACCUAGCUUCUUCGAUGCUCUGCUACACGGUCCGCUCAAGAAUAACUCGUCUUCCAAGGGUUUCUGGAUUGAACAUCUGCGUGGUAUCAGCUUGUGUCCUCUGCCCCAGCUAUCGGAGACCCCCAGUCUGCAAGACCUCAGUAUCUCUCGUCACAUUCCUUUUGAUGGUCUCGAGAGCGUCCGAAAGAAGCUGGGUGUCACACAACAAGCAAUCGUUCAGGCGCUGUGGGGGACUGCUUUACAGAGAUGCCUCGGCUCAGAUGUCACUUUUGGCAUCAUUGUUUCAGGCCGAUCGAUUGAUCUGGACAAUGUUGGAAUGACCAUGGGUCCGCUGUUCAACACCAUCCCCUACCAUCACCGUAUCCCUCAAGACCAGACCUGGUCAGCUGCCAUUCGUCACUGUCACCAAUUCAACACCACCACCCUGCCAUUCCAGCAUGUACCGCUCAGGGACGUGCAAAAAUGGUGUUCCAACGGCAAAUCACUCUUUGAUAUUCUAUUCUCCUUCCAAAAGGCUUCGACGUCACCAGAAGCCGUCCAAAGACUGUGGGAAGAGGUCGAGUCAGAUGUCAACCCGGAUUAUCCUUUGGCGUUCGAAGCGACUUUACUUCCUGGAGGUGCCUUACAAAUCUUGCUUGUGGCUUCGCGGGGGACUGCAGACGAGUCGGCGCUCAAUAAGCUUCUCGAGACUUUCGAGAAAAGCGUGCAAGCUGUGGUGGACAAUGUUGAUGGUCUGGUGCUGCCAACCUCAGACAGCGUUCUUGCUACCAAUGCCCUCCAGAACGAAGAAACCGGUGCGAGUGUUCUCUAUAGUUCACCGGGAGAAGACUUGCCGGAAUUCGACUGGACACCUCAAGCUGAAAUCAUUCGCAAAGAGAUGGCGCUUCUUGCUGACGUCGAAACUUUAUCCAUCAGUCCGCAGACAAGCCUGCUCGAACUUGGACUCGACAGCAUUGAUACCAUUAGACUAUCCGCGAGGCUGCGGAGGGCAGGUAUCACCUUGAGCAACAGUGAACUGGUAAAGGGGCAGAGCAUCCCGCAGCUUCUGCUCACUGUGCAAGCUAAAGAGGCAGUGAAGGGCGACACCCAUGACAGUGGCUACUGCUCGGACGUUGAAGACUCUUCAGCAUCCCUCAGACAAUAUCUAGAAGAGAGUGGCGUGGACCUUACUGCCAUAGAGGAGGUUCUGCCCCCCACGCCAUUGCAAGAUUCCAUGGUGUCUGAGAUGGUUCAGUCAGACUUCCAACUGUACUUCAAUCACGACGUGCUUGAGAUCUCGCCAGAUGUCGACGUGACCCGACUCAAGCAUGCCUGGGAAACUGUCAUUCGCAACUCGCCAAUCUUGCGAACAGUCUUUGUUGGGGUAGAGAGCCCAGCCUUUGAGUUCGCAUACGCACAGCUUGUCGUUGGCAACCCUCCGCUCGAGUUCAACGAGGUCGAGAUCCAGUCUCUUGAGGAGGUUGCAAGUUUCAUGGACCAGGCGCGCGCAAGGGCUCGUGAUGGCCGUGGGUUAUCACAUCUCCUGCAACUGACGUUUGCCAGGCAGAUGCAGAAGACGUACGUCGUCUUCUCCAUUGCGCAUGCACUCUACGAUGGCUGGUCACUGGGACUAUUGCAUCAGGAUGUCGAGGCUGCUUACCGUGGCACAUACGAAGCACCACGUGCAGCAUAUGCCGAGUAUCUCAGAGGCAUUGUUCGCUCUUCCAAAAAACAUGCUCGGCAGUUCUGGUCCGACUAUGUUUCCGAUGCCACGCCCACCAGGUUCCCUUAUCGCUCUGGGCCAACAAGUCAAAACGUCCACCGGGCUGAGGCAUCCCCGAAUGUAUCAGCCACGACUCUCAAGGCCUUUUGCAAGCGCCAUGCCAUCAGUCAACAAGUUGUCGCCCAGGCGUGCUGGGCGGCUGUGCUUGCAACGCAUUGUCAGCAUCUGGACGUUGCUUUCGGCGUUGUCUUGUCUGGCAGGGACACGGAGGCUUCUGAAGUGAUGAUGUUUCCGACCAUGAACACCGUCCCCGUCAGAGCGAUUCUCCAUGGAUCGGUCGAUGCCUUCCUGCGCUAUUUGCAAGACAAUAUGAACAGCAUCAACCAAUCGCAGCACUUUCCGCUGCGGAAAAUCCAGGCAAUGGUUCACGAUAGGCAGGCCAGCCUCUUCAACACACUGUUCAUUUUGCAAAAGGGCUCUCCUGGUUCUUCCGUUCCGAGCGACACCAGUGAGCCGUUCAUCACCUCCGUCGGGGGAUCAUCUGCUGUGGAGUAUCCCGUCUGUGUGGAGAUGGAAGUUGAGCAAGACAAGAUUGCGUGGCGGGCUGCCUGCGAUGAUGGAUACUUGUCAUCGGACGGGACGAAGCAGAUUCUUGGGGAACUGGAGUGUGCCCUGCGCUUCUUGAUAAGCUCAGCUCAAGGCGAUAUCCUUCAAUUCGAUGAUGAAGAGGUCUCAGUGUGCGGGCUGCCCUCGUUCCGACCAAGACAUUCAGCAUACGUGGGGCAAACAGAAGAAGAGAACUCCGACAAGGAGAAUGAUGAUGAUGGCGACGAUGGGUGGUCAACAACUGAAGAGACUGUCAGGGCCGUCCUCGCAGAGGUCUCUGGUGUCGAGAAAACAAGUAUACGCAGGAACCACAGUAUCUACCACCUUGGCCUCGACUCCAUCAGCGCCAUCAAAGCCAGCUCAAUUCUACGCAGGCGAGGCGUUGCCAUUAGCGUGAGGGAGCUUAUCCAGGCGGCCUCCAUCAAGGACAUAGCUGCCAAGGCUUCAGCAUCCUCCUCCUCUCUCUCCUCUCCAGCCUCAUCAGACCCAGAUUCAACCGAGAACCCAUCGAAUUGGAUAGACAAAGCAACGGCAGGCCUCAAGGUGGGGCAGCUUCUGCAGGCUGCUGGCAUCGAUGCCGUGGACGUGGAGGAAAUCAUGCCAGCCACUGCGAUGCAGACGCACAUGCUCAGCAUCUGGCAGAACACCCACGGCCUCGUAUUUUUUUCCGUUUUCCGCUAUCGGAUCUCAGGUAGCAGAGACCGCCAAGUCAUUGAUCGUGCCUGGAGGGCUCUUGUCGAGCAGCAUCCCAUCCUGCGCACAGUCUUCGUCGCCACCGGAUCUCGAGAUAUACCGUUCCUACAACUUGCACUCCGGUCAGGCUCAGCCAUCUCAAAUCCAUUCUGGGCAGUCAAUUUACAAGAGCAAAAUGAUGGCAACUGGGCAUUCAGUCUGAAAUUACAUCAUGCGCUGUAUGAUGGAGUGAGCCUCCCGCUGCUCGUGGACAGGUUCAAGAAGCUCUUGUCUGACGACGCGGCUACAAUCAGCGGUGAUGGACAGGAGGAAUCGCCCAUGUGGAAGAAGUAUAUUGGAACAACACUCGGCGCGCAAGCGGUGACCAGACGAAAGUCUUUCUGGGAAGACUAUCUUCGAGGGGUGCAGCCCCUCCCCCUCAACAUACAAGAUGUCAGCUCUACUGCAUCAGCAACAAGCGAACGCGUCAUCCUCUUGCGGCGUGCAGCACUCGCCGACACGGCAAAGCUGAAGACCUUGUGUUCCGAGAAGGGCAUCAGCAUACAGGCUGUGUUCCUCGCGGCAUAUGCCAAAUCCCUAGCAUCCAUGUCAGGCCAAGACAGGGACAGAGACGUCGUGUUCGGCGUGUAUCUCGCCAACAGAAGCGUCGGCCUUACGCUGCCGUACCCAACCCUCUGUCUCGUGCCUCUCCGUGUGCAUGCACCACAGGCCGCGGGCGUGGCCCAAGUGGCUGCCCAGAUCCAGCACGACCUUCAUCGCAUCUCCGCCGCGGAGAAUGUCUCGGUGGGCCUGUGGGAGAUCAAGGCGUGGACGGGCGUCGAGGUCGACUCGUUUGUGAACUUCCUAAGCCUGCCCGACGAGCCUGGAGAUGCGCGCAGCGGGGGGAAGGAGGAUGAUGACGACGAGGCCGCUUCUGCUGAGGGGGCGAACAUCCAUCUCGAGGAAGUCGGGUUCGAUGAAGCUGCCGCGCUGGGCCAGCAGAGCGUGGUCAUGGACCCGGGCCGACUGCGCUGGCUUGAGACUAACGCUGUUAGGGAUGCCUAUCCUGACGCUGUGGAUGUUGAGGCAUCAUUGCAAGUCGGGGGAGCGAUGGAUAUUGGAAUAUUUGGCUCUCGUGGUAAACUUGGUAAUAACAAUGGGGCUGGCAGUUUGGUGGACUUGAUUGUUGAGAAUUUGCGCGUGUAAAUUGCAUUUCUUUUUUUUCUUUUUCUGUUUGGUCUGGUUGUUUGUUUUGUUUGUUUUGUUUGUUUCUUGUAUCCUGUGCCUGUAUACACGCACAGAUGGCAUACAUGCUUCACAUUGGAGGGAUUUCCUAAGCAUACGCACAGGGCUUUCACAUUUAGACAAUAGCAUGACUUUUAGGAAUCAAUUUAGUUCAUUGUUCUCC